GCCGACUCAUCACGCCACCUUACGCAGACGGGUCGCUCAAGUUGCGCGACACAUCUCAUCUUCUUCACGGCGCGCCAACCCAGCCGCAUCGUCCGAGACACGCCUUGCGACACCGCUCUCUCCGUCGCAUCAGAUCAGCCGCAGAUCGCCAACGUGCUACUGUUGCUGCCGCUGCCGCUGCCUCGACCUCGACCCUGCCGCAGCCAUGUUCUUCUUCUUCGUGUGCGGCGAGCACACCUUCCGCAAGCAGGUCGCCGGCUAUGAGGGCAUCGUCUGCCAGUGCUACAACUGUGGGCAACAUGGCCGGCCAUGUCAUCAAGACGCAUCCCUGGUUCACCUUUUGUUGGAUCCCCGUCGUCCCCUUGUCCAUGAAGGGCUACACCGAUGUCGUCUGCAGCAUCUGCAACUUUGCCCAGCCGCUCGAGAACCGUCCGGACGUCAUGGGCAUGGCCAACGGCGGAGGCGGCGGAUACCCGGUGCCGCCUCCGCAGGGACACCCACCGCAGGGCUGGGGCCAACAACCGCCGCCGCAACAGGGCCCGCGAUACGGAUAG